CGCGCUCCGCUCCGCUCCGCCGGCAGCCCGCUGGCGAGGCGCAGGGGCGGCGGUGGAUCCGCCGCCGGGAGCGGGGCUGGGCUCGGCGCUGGGAGCCGCAGCCAGCUCACGCAGUCGCAGGGAAGAGGAGCAGCCGGGAGCGGCGGCGGAGGCGGGAGCCCGCCCGCCGCCCGAGCACGGCGCGGAGGAUCGGCACAUCCCCGUUCCACCGGGGGCGGCUCUGCCGCCCCCCCCUUCCCCUCCCUCCCUCCCUCCCUCCCUCCCUCCCCGCCCCUCCGGAGCGCCAUCCCUGCGAGUUUCCCUCGCUGCCCGUGCCGUCGCCGGGCGCCCGCCUCCGCAUCUCGCGCGCCAUCAACUCCGGGAGCCGCCGGCGGAGGGCAGGGGCCCGAAGUUACCGCCAGCCCGGUGGAAAGUAGCGGCAAGGGGAAGGGAUCGGACGCCAGCACAGCCCGGCCCGGCCGGAGGGAGCUGGCGCAGCGCGCCGCCGCCCGCAGCUCCCCGGCCGGAGGCUGGCCCCGGGCCGCGCUGGCCGGGGCAGAGCGACGCGGCCCCGCGGCAGCUGCCGGCCGCCCCGACCCGCGCCGGACCCGCUGCGAAAGAGCCAACAUGCAAAGUAGAAGGAAACCCGAAACUGUUCUUUUAACAAAAAAAUACUGGCUUUCUGCCUCCUUCGCAUGUUUCCUUUUUGCUUCAUAACGGAAAGAGCAGGAUUACCUGAAUCACUGAGGCAAAAUUUGGGCAUCAUUAGCUGAAGAUAAGAUGAAAGAAGACUUGAAAAUAUGUCGAUGCUCCAUGACUAUUAAUUAAGACACACCUUUCACAAACAGAGGGGAAUAUUGGUAAAAGCACUGCAGUUUCAUCAAAAGGAGCUAAUGGAGGAUCUAUGUUGAUUAUUAUUUUUAUUUUAAUUUAUUUUUUCUUCCCACUCUCCCAUGAGUCCCAAAAGAGAAAAAUAGAAAGAGUGUAUGUGGAAAUUGAGAUAAGGUGAAGGCUGAAGACAAUAACUUCAGUUUUGGAGUCUCUUUUCCCAGUGCUGUGAAUUCCCUGUUUCAUCAAAUAUAUAAUUUAUUUAAAACAAUGUGUAAUAAUGUUGUGAUCAGUGGAGUUUUGUCAGCUCCAGAAGUGGAAUUUGACCUCAUGGAAAGCUUUUUAAAAAAGCAAAUGUAUGCCUCCAAUUUCUUCUUUUCAGGUUACUGGGCAUUGUGAACCAGUGUUUUAUAUGCAUGUCCUAGAGAUUUUACUUUUUCCCUGAUUUUAAUAUUUAUGUAUUUAGAUUUAGUGUUUUGUUUGAGAAAACUGUGACCAGACAAGGCACCUGAGAUUUGAGUUUUCAAGAGCCUUGUUAUUUCAGUAUUGCAGCUCUGAUUACUGACUGUCUGUUACAAUGCACAGUACACACUAAAUCUUUUCUCCUCAAAAUAUGCCUUAAGAUGUUCACUUUUGUACUAACUGGAUCAAAGUUUGAUAACUGAACAUUGUGUUUUGUUAGGAAAUGCAUGCCUGGGGAAGAGGAGCUGCCUAAUGGAUCAUGGCUCUGAUGUUCACAGGGCAUACUUUAUUUCUAGCAUUAACGAUGUUUGCUGUCUUCACUUUUGAAGAAUCUGUAAGCAAUUACUCUGAUUGGGUGACUUUCGUAGAAAAUGUAGAUCAAUAUGAAAAACAGCAACUUGAAGGUCUUAGUGCUGAGCAGAAACUGAAAAAAACAGUUCUUCAUCCAAGCUUGUAUUUCAGCGCUGAAGAUGUUGAGGCACUGAGGCAGAAGGCUCAUACAAGCCAUUUGCAUCUAUUUAGAGCCAUCAGAAGUGCGGUGAUGGUUAUGCUAUCGAACCCUUUAUACUACUUACCUCCACCCAAGCAUGUUGAUUUUGCUGCAAAGUGGAAUGAGAUUUAUGGUAACAAUCUGCCACCUCUAGCAUUUUAUUGUUUGCUGUGCCCCGAAGAUAAAGCUGCGUUUGAUUUUGCUCUAGAGUAUAUGGAUAGAAUGGCUGGCUACAAAAACUGGUUGGUUGAGAAUGCACCUGGAGACGAAGUGCCACUUGGUCACUCCCUAACAGGAUUUGCCACUGCUUUUGACUUCUUGUAUAAUUCACUGGAAGAUGAGAGAAGGCAAAAAUACCUGGAGAAGAUAUGGUCUGUAAGUGAGGAAAUGUAUGAGUACUCAAAGGUUCGUUCCUGGGGAAAGCAGCUUCUCCAUAAUCACCAAGCAACCAACAUGCUUGCUUUGCUUAUUGGGGCUUUAGUUGCAGGGGUGGACAGAGGAUCUCAGGCAAAUAUUUGGAAACACACUGUUGUUGAUGUGAUGGAAAAAACAAUGUUUCUGCUCAAUCAUAUUGUAGACGGGACUCUUGAUGAAGGAGUAGCUUAUGGGAGUUACACAGCCAAGUCGGUAACGCAAUAUGUUUUCCUGGCCCAGCGCCACUUCGGUAUUAACAAUUUGGAGAAUAACUGGCUCAAAAUGCACUUUUGGUUUUACUACGCCACCCUGUUACCAGGCUUUCAGAGGACAGUGGGCAUAGCGGAUUCUAAUUACAACUGGUUUUAUGGUCCUGAGAGCCAACUGGUUUUCUUGGAUAAGUUUAUUAUGAAGAAUGGAGCUGGCAACUGGCUGGCACAGCAGAUUAGAAAACACAGACCCAAGGAUGGGCCAAUGGUGCCGUCCACGGCACAGAGGUGGAGCACACUACACACUGAAUUUAUAUGGUACACUGCUGAAAUCACUCCUCAACCGCCUCCUGACUAUGGUAUGGCUAAAAUGCAUGUGUUUCCGAACUGGGGAGUUGUUACUUAUGGGGCUGGACUGCCAAAUAGUCAGACAAACACCUUUGUGUCCUUUAAGUCUGGAAAACUUGGUGGACGUGCUGUCUAUGAUAUUGUUCACUUUCAACCGUAUUCCUGGAUUGAUGGGUGGAGAAGUUUCAAUCCGGGACAUGAACAUCCUGAUCAGAACUCUUUCACUUUUGCUCCCAAUGGACAGGUGUUUGUAUCUGAGGCUCUUUAUGGACCUAAACUGAGCCAUCUGAACAAUGUUUUGGUCUUUUCUCCAUCUCCUACGAGCCAGUGCAACCAGCCUUGGGAGGGACAGCUAGGUGAGUGUGCCCAGUGGCUGAAGUGGAUUGGUGGUGAGGUUGGAGACUCAACUGGAGAAAUUAUAACAGCUUCCCAGGCUGGAGACAUGAUGUUCGUGAGUGGUGAGGCAGUAUCUGCUUACACAUCAGCAAUGAAACUGAAAAGUGUGUAUCGCAUUUUGCUGCUCUUAAAUUCUCAAACAUUGUUAGUAGUAGACCAUAUCGAGAAGGAAGAAGACUCUCCUGUUAAUUCUGUCAGUGCCUUUUUUCAUAAUCUUGACAUUGAUUUUAAAUACAUACCCUAUAAAUUUAAGAACAGAUACAAUGGAGCUAUGAUGGAUGUGUGGGAUGCCCACUACAAGAUGUUUUGGUUUGAUCAUCAUGGGAGUAGUCCUGUUGCUAGGAUACAGGAGGCAGAACAAGCUGCUGAAUUCAAAAAGCGAUGGACUCAGUUUGUAAAUGUUACCUUUCCAAUGAAAAACACACUUACAAGGAUUGCUUACCUUUUCUAUGGCCCAUAUGUCAAUGUUUCUGACUGUAGACUCAUAGAUAAUGCUAAAUAUGGAUUUCAGAUUUCACUCAGUGUCAACAACACUGAAAAUACCAUCUCUGUUGUGACUGAAUAUCAGAAUUUAAAGACAAGGUUUGAUUACUUAGGAUUCGGUGGUUUUGCAAAAGUAGUUCAUGAAAACAAAGUGACUAAGUUUGGUCUAGGUACUGAAUCCAUGAAAAAACAGAUAAAAAAUAGUAGGGUAGCUUUCCCAUUUGGAUUCAAAGUGAGCAUAAUUGCAGGGUUAAUUUUGGGUGUUAGUUUGGUCAUACUGGGUUUUCAGUGGCGGUUUUAUGUAUCCUUCGGUAAAAUGUUGCGUUGGAUCCUGAUACUGGUUGUCACAUUGUGGCUUAUUGAAUUGGUGGAUGUGUGGAGCAUGUGUACUCAGCCUAUCUGUGCAAAGUGGAGCAGUGACAUGACAAGGCUGGAACAUGAUAAAGGCAAUAAAGCCAAACAAUUAGAAGGAAACCCUGAUGUUUUGCCAGAUGUUAUCAUUACUUCACUUCCUGCUUCUGGUGCAGAAAUUUUAAAACAGCUGUUUUUCAAUAGCAGUGACUUCUUAUACAUCAGGAUACCUACACCCUAUCUCGAAAUUCCUGAGACUGAAUUUGAAAUUGAUUCCUUUGUAGAUCCAUGUGAAUGGAAGGUUUCUGAUGUCCAGAAUGGUCAUUUUCAUCGUAUCCAGGGGUGGCUCCAGUCUCUGGUUCAAGACACAAAGUUACAUUUACAAAACAUUCAUUUAUAUGAAGCCAGCAAAAGUAAAAUUGCUCAGCAUUCUGCCACAAGCAAAGACAAAAAGAAAAGAACCAAAAAGAGAGAAUCUUUGUCAGAGCAAAGAAGCAGGACAAGAGGGAGUCAAGAUAAAGAUGCUGAAUAUAUUAGGGAACUGAGAAGACAUCUCAUCUAUUAUCCUAAUGCACGACCUGUACUUAGCUUAAGUAGUGGGAGCUGGACAUUAAAGCUUCCCUUCUUUCAGGAAAUCCUAGGACUGUCAAUGAGAGCAUUAUAUGUAGUGAGGGACCCACGGGCGUGGAUCUAUUCAAUGUUGUACAAAAAUAAGCCAAGCCUUUACUCCUUGAAAAACGUUCCACAACACUUGGCUGCAAUGUUUAAAGGGCAGAAUGGUAAAGGAAAAUGCAGUUUAAAUGAAGGCUAUGCCUUUGAAUAUGAAUCAUUAAGAAAAGAACUCUCAAAUUCUAAUUCAAACGCUGUUUCUGUGUUGUCCUAUUUAUGGCUAGCAAACACAGCAGCAGCAUUGAGAAUAAAUGGGGACUUGCUGCCAACAAAUUAUCACCUGGUCAAGUUUGAAGAUAUUGUGAGCUUUCCUCAGAAGACGGCUGAAACAAUUUUUGCCUUUCUUGGUAUUCCUCUUCCCCCUGCUAGUUUAAACCAAAUAUUAUUUGCCACCUCCACCAGUCUUUUCUAUCUUCCUUAUGAAGGGGAAAUUUCACCAAGUAGCAUUCAUGCCUGGAAACAGAACAUGCCCAAUGAAGAAAUUAGACAGAUUGAAGAUAUCUGUUGUUCUCUAAUGGACCACUUAGGAUACCCAAAGUUUAUAGAAUAAAUGCUGCUGGUCAGCAGGAAUUUGCACUAAUGAUCUCUGACUCCCAAUUUGUGAAUAAAUAUUAGAGAAGUUUGUUUAUUCUUGUAAAAUGUGUAUAGUCUGCUACUUUCAGAGAGAUUAUUUUAAGAAAAAGAUAGUUGUUCUUGCGACUGUGGUUUUGGUUUUGGUUUAUUGUGUGUUUGUUUGUUUGUUGGUUUUUAAAAAAAAAACAAAAAAAAACACCAAAAAA